CUCCUCCUUUGACUUCUUAAGAACAUUAUUAGUCUUUAAAAAAUGGAGCAUAAUAAUUAACCACUAAACACUAACACUAAACACUAUCUUAGCUCCCACAAAAAUGGAUCCAAACUUGUAUAAAGCAGCAUUAACAGGAAACCCACACUUGUUCAUCCAAAACCCUACUAAACCCUUAAACCAAUAUGAUCUUCUUGCUCUAACAACAGAUACCCAUGAUAAUAUCCUCCAUAUUGCUGCAGAAAAUGACCAUCUUUCUUUCAUUUCUCAAGUUAUGGAGACUUCUCUUCUUCAACCCCAUCAAAAAAUCUUACUCAUUUGCCAACAAAAUGCCAUAAAUGGCAGAAACCCACUUCACAUAGCCGCAGGACGAGGCCAUCUUCAAAUAGCUAAACUUCUAAUCGAAUCUUACAACUCACUUUCAAAACUUAUAAUCAGGGAUGAAAUUAAGAACAAUAAUGUUGAAACUAGAUUGGAAAUUAGGGUUUCUUUUAGGCAAAUGGAGGAUAAUGAUGAGUGCCCUUAUCCGCCAUGGAUAGCAAGAUCAGCACAAUACGGAGAAACCCCUUUGCAUACGGCGAUAGUGUGUAAACAUGAAGAAGUAGCAGCGUUAAUUCUAGAACAAGAUCUGGAAAAAUUGUGUAGUAUAGAUGAUUUUGACGGCAAGAGUCCACUUUAUGAUGCUGUUCAUAAUGGGGUUGAAUCAAUUGCGCUACGAAUAUUGGAAUCAGAUUGUUGUUAUAGUCUUGGUCAUGUGUAUAACAAUAAAACGCUUCUUCAUGGUGUUUCUGCUAUCACAGAACAAGUAGCCAUGAAACUUCUUCAAAAGCAUCCAGAACUAUUUAAAAAAAGUGAUUCAAGAGGAGAGAUGUUCCUUCACGAGUGGGCGCAUAGAGGUGAACUGGCAUCACUGCAGUGUCUUUUGAAGGAUAAAGUUUUCUCAAAUUGGAGUGCAGAUUACAACUAUUUACUCUGCCUUAGAAACAUCUUCGGUAACAAUCCUUUGCAUUGUGCUAUCUUCUCUAACAAAGUAGAAGUCCUAAAACUCCUAAUUGAUACUUACCGUCAAUUGUUUGAUCCGAAUGGAGGACAACUACAUGAGUUUCCAUGGUUACAUCAGAAUUAUAGGGAGGAAACACCCCUACAUUUGGCCAUAGAGCGCGGUGGAGAAGAUAUUGUACUUUAUUUGUUGUCUUUAGAUUCAAGAUUGGCAGGUAUUCCUAAUUUUCAGGGCAAAAGUCCACUCUUCCUUGCAGUGGAAUGUGGAAGGGCUAAUAUUGUUGAAGAAAUUCUUCAUCAUGGGACAGGUCCCUUUCUACUUGGCGGUCCAAAAGGGAAAAAUCCUUUGCAUAUUGCCUCCAAAUGCCCUGGUAUGGCGGGGUAUCUUGUUGAAAUGCUAGGUCCAGGUGUGAUGGACAUGAAAGAUGAAGAUGGGAAAGCACCUCUUGAUGCUGCAGCAGAAGCUGGCGACAUAGAACUAAUGAACAUGGUUAUGUGCCAUUCUAGCAUAACUAGUGCUCCUUAUGCCUGGAUCAGAGCCUGCAAAGCUGGACAUCUGGAUGCUUUUCUCGCGUUCAUGAACCGUGCUGGUGACUUUAGACAGCUUUGUUCUGAGCAAAGAGAUACACCGCUUCACCACUUCAAGUUCAAAAGCAGAGAGGAAUAUCAAAAAGUAUUUGAAAUUCCAUUGAUGGGGCAGCUGAAGAAUGCGACUGAUUCAGAAGGUGCAACACCAUUGCAUAGAGCUAUAGAACGAAAGGAUAUUGUGUUUGUUGAGCUGCUUCUAGGUACUCAUGGUAUUGAUUGGACCAUCAAGGAUAAUACGGGUGAGACACCUAUGGACUUGCUAGCUAAACUAUGUGAUGAACUCCCCGAUUGGGAUGCAAUGUGCAAGCGUAUUAACAUGAAUCCAAGAAUAAAAACGACCUACAUUCCAUUGAAAACAAACUUGGCAGAGGUACGCACCACACUAUCAGUAGUUGCAGCUCUUCUAGCCACAAUAACCUUUGCAGCAGGAUUCACAAUCCCAGGAGGGUAUAAUGAUGAUGGAUAUGUGAUUUUAGCGAAAAAAGCAGCCUUUAUAGUGUUCUUGUUAUCAGAUACCUAUGCAAUGUGUUGCUCCAUGUUAGUCUUGUUCUGUCUCAUUUGGGCCAUGGUCUGUGAUCCAGAUAAAGCGCUCGUACUAGUUGAUGGCAGUGUCUUUUUACUGCAGCAAUCGCUUUAUGGAACACUGGUGGCAUUUAUGUCUGGAGUCUACACCGUAGUGUCUCGUGAUUGUUUGUGGACUGCCAUUGUUGUUUGUGUAAUGUGCUUUUUUGUUGCAGUUGCAGCCAACAAGAGUGUCCUUUAUAGAUUGCUUAAUAAGUUCGUGCCUUCUGCAAGAUGAUUGCUAUAUAUUGAGUUUGUAAUGGUACUAGUAUUUGUUGGUUUCAAGCUCUGCUAACAGAAGUUUUGGGACGAUGAAAUUUAAUGGUGUUUUGAUAGCUCGAAUUAUCAAACCGAGUUCAAGGUCGUCCCAACAUAGUACCCGUUUUCUUAUGAGUCGUUGUGUUGUUCAGCGUGCUGUGUGCAUUUGCUAGUCUUGCUUUGUAAAGUACAUUAUGUUAUAAGACAUGAGUCAAAUAAGGACUCUUAUUGUGUUGUUCAGAAA